CUCCGCCUCCCUCCACUUUAAGACAGAACACAAACCACUCCUGCAAACACUCAAAAGGAAAAAGUAGACAAGACGGAAUGUGACACAGAACAUAAUAAAAUAUUUCUUUAAGUAUUUUCUGAAACCAUGGACUCAGCUCAGCAAUUGCUGCGGUCUCAGAGAGACUUGUUGCUGAACUGGACUCUCGACCACCCAGCACCCUUGCUGCGUUGGCUGCGUGAUGCUGAGGUGCUUUCCUCGGCCCACUACCUGUCUCUGCUGGAGAGGUCACCUUCCAACGCCGUGGCCCAGGCUUUAGAGAUGGUGUGUGCCACAGAGGAGAGCAGCCUGAAGUUCCUGCAGGUGCUAAGGGAGGUGCAGGAUUAUUACUGCAGAGAUCUGCAGGUCUGGGUGGAAAGACACUGCAGGGACUAUGUCGUCAGUAAGCCAGUGCCUGCACCUGUAAAACUUGAAGAAAAGAAGCCUAAAGGCCCCAUUGCUAAACUGUUCAAAGGAAAGAGCAAGAGAUUUACCCUGACUCCUGAGGUUAAAGCUAAAGAAGAACUGAAACCUAGCAGGAGUGUAAAGCUGGCCAACAUCCGAGUUCCCAUUUCUGCCCAUAAAACAACCCUACUGAAACGCACAGAGCAGUUGAAGUGUUACUCAGAGGGUGAGGGAGUGGCUUCAAACUCAGCUUCUCACAUUGAGAUCCGCUACACUGACCUUUUUGUGACAGAAGACGAUGACUUAGUUGACAGCAGCCAACAUGAGUACUUUGACCUGGCGAGCAGACGAGCUCGCAUCUAUGUUCAUCAGGCUUGCCAGCGCAUCCGGCCGUGCCAUCUAUUGGGCCCCCAAGGAACAUCUGGACGGCCCCCCAAAAGGGUUAAAGUGAAGGGUAUUGCUGGUAUUGGAAAGAGCGUAGCAGUACAGAGACUCGUCUAUGAGUGGGCGAUUGGGAAGAACAUGCGUGAAUUCACCUGCAUUUUUGACCUGCGCUUCAGAGAGCUCAAUCUGAUUGAAGCGCCACUGAGUUUAUUGGAGUUGCUUGGAGAACGGUUCCGGUACCUUAAGGAAGCUCUACCUGAUCUGUUCACUUCGCCAAGCUCUUUGCUCUUUGUCUUAGAUGGUUUAGAUGAGUUCAAAUUCCCCUUGGACUGGAACAGUCCUGACAAAAACAUUGACGUUCGUUCGAGGGUGCCGGUGACAGAGCUGAUGGUGGCUUUAAUCAAGGGAAGCCUUCUCCCAGAGGCAUCGGUCAUUCUCACGACAAGACCAUCUACUGAAGCUCCCAAACGUUUCUUCCAGAGAUGUUGUGUGGUGCUGGGCUUUGAGGAGGACCAGGUGAAGGAAUAUACCAACAAGUUCUACAAAGACAGAAAAGUUGCUGAAAAAGUCUACGAUUACAUCUUGAACAAUGACAACCUUUUUGUGCUGUCCUUCAUCCCUCUUUAUUGCUACAUCAUCUGUACCGCUAUGGCUGAGUUCUUCUCUUCAGGAAAUCAAGAUGUUGGUGACUCAAAGUCUCUGGAGCUAAACCCACCCAGGACAGUCAGUGAGGUGUACUUCUGCUACCUGUUCACAGCAGUCAAGCACCAUGCGCUGAGGGGGAGCGCAGGGAGAAGCACCCCAAGAUCUGAGGUUCUGUCACUAGCAAAGCAACAACUGACAAACUUGGGAAAACUGGCUUAUGAAAACCUUCUACAGAAAAAGAUCAUGUUCAACAGAGCAGAUUUGGAAAACUACGGCGUUACACCUGCUGAUCUGCAGAGCACCUUUCUCUGUCACAUCCUCCAGCCUCUCAAAGAGGAAACAGUGGAGAUGUUUUCUUUCUUCCACUUGACUGUUCAAGAACAUCUUGCUGCCCUCUACUGCGCAAUCAAUCUCUUCAGCCAGGAAGACAUAAUCCAAGCUCUGGACUUCUGGUGCUUUGGGCUACGUCCACCAUCCUCCACAGCUGCACCCCUGCAAAACACACACCUCAACAUGGACAAGCUGGAGAGCCUCCAGAUGUUCACACGUUUCUUCAUGGGAAUGCUCCGGGCUCGGCUAGCAGGCCAGUUGGAUGGCCUUGUUCUUUCCCCCAUGGGGCAUGGGGAUGGCAUCCCCGCCAGGCUGGGUUUGUGGUUCCAAGACCAGUUCAAGGGUAAGAAGCUCAAGAACCAGGCUGCCCUGAAUCUUCUCCACUGCCUGAUGGAGUUCCACAGAAAGGAAGCAACCAGCAUUGCAGCACCAGAGAUCAAGAAGCUCAACCUGUUCAAAAUGAAGCUGAGUGUUGUGGACUGUGCAGCCAUGCAUUACGUGCUGCAGUUCUCGCCUCACAAGCUGCAAGAGCUCAACUUAGGCUACUCCAACAUUGGAAACAGAGGAUUGAACAGACUGGGACCAAUCCUACACCGCUGUGAAUCUCUCUAUUUGAGAUACAACUGCCUGGAUAGGCAAGCUGCUAUUUUAGAAUCUGCAAUUCUGAAAUCGAAUGAGUGCCAAGUGAAGAAGCUCUUUAUGUGUGGCAAUAACCUGGGUCCAGAGGGGGUUAUGGAGCUGUGGAACGCUUUGGAGCACAACACCACUGUGGAGGAACUCUAUCUGGACAUCACUGGCAUCACAGAGCGAGGAACAGAAAACAUCGUCAGCUGCCUCAGCAGAAACACCUCUCUGAGGACACUGACCAUUGUUGGGAAUGACAUCGGAGAGGUGGGGAGGAGGAGGCUGAGGGAGCUGGAGCAAUGUCGACCGGGACUCCGGAUUAUUGCAAACUUUGUGGAUGACCUCGGAUUACUCCAGGCGUACCUGGACUGGGUGGAGGAGAUCCGGGCAGACAGAGACCAGAUGGACUCAGUGAAGAAUGCAGACGCCCUGCAGUCGGUGCUGAAGGGGGUCCAGGUGGCAGGAGAACAGGUGGAGAAAGGAGAGAACGCAGAGAACGCAGAGAAAGCCAAGGAGCUCCGGACAAAUAUUGUGGAGUUACUGAAGUCUUCUACAAAUCUUAUUGGAGGAAGAUAAGUUUUGUAGCAAAUUGUGUGUAAGGGUUGGGGGCUCCAUCUGAUAUGGCAGAUACCCCCAUGAGUUAAAUUACAUUCUGACUUUAAUCUUUAAAAGUGGAAUUUAUUCAUCCUAGUGUUCUUCUUGAGGUCCUGUAGACCCAGACCCUUUUAACACCUCCAAAAAAACAUGCUUAACCUUAUUUUAUCAGCUUGAUUAUGACUUUAACUAAUUUUAUGAGAGUUGCUUACAAACACAAUUUGAACUGAUAUGUGUCAGUUGACAGCUGCUUCUGGCUCCAAGCCCUGACAUGAACUGUUAGACACAAUUUCUACUGUACUGCAGCUCAAUUCUUCUACUCAUUCAUUGUAUGUUUGUUAUUGUUUCAAGUUUAAUUUGGGUCCAGAGGGGGGUUUUGGAGCUGUGGACCGCUCAGGACUCAAGAUAAUGACCCAUAAAGAA